UUAAGCGGCCCUGCUUGCGCAAUUUGAUGAAUAGAGUCGCUGUCAAAAUCGCCAAGAGAGGACGGCUUAUUCGUGGUUGGACAUCUGUGACAGAGAAGACGAGAUUAGACGCUGCGUCAUGUCUCCUCCACACACUUACUGGUAGUUAUUCACCGUCAAAGCUGGAUGCCGGAGAGUUUCUUCAGCUGUUUCCCUCUCCUUGCUUCCUUUUCACUUAAAGCAGCGCCGCUCCGCAUUUUUCUUUUCUUUUGUUUAUUCUUUUAUUUUUUUGUGCACAGCCAUGGAGACAACAUGCCGCGUUUGAGGGCUGUUUUACAACUUUAACUCGAGGAUCCUGCGAACAUAUAUUCACAGUUUCACAAAAGUUCUCACGGAAGGAGGAAAAGCUUUGUCUCGACAAGUCCAGGAGCCUGAGGGGGCCACAGCAGCAUGGUGAAUAGCCAAGUGUCGGGGGUACCGCCAGCCCCCCGGUCGUGUGCAGGAUGUGGGGGGAAGAUCGCUGAUCGCUUUCUGCUCUUCUCCAUGGAGCGCUACUGGCACACACGCUGCCUCAAGUGUUCUUGCUGCCAGGCCCAGCUGGGGGACAUCGGCACCACCUGCUACAGCAAAGGGGGCAUGAUUCUGUGUCGCAGUGACUACAUCAGGUUGUUUGGGCACAGCGGGGCGUGCAGCGCCUGCAGCCAGUCGAUCCCAGCUAACGAAAUGGUGAUGAGGGCACAGGGAAAUGUUUACCACCUCAAGUGUUUCAGCUGUGCCACCUGUAGAAACAGACUAAUGCCUGGGGAUCGCUUCCAUUACAUCAAUGGUACAAUCUUCUGUGAACAUGACAGGCCUGGUGCUGCCUUGCUCAACAGCCACCUGCCCCCACUUCAGAGCAGCUCCGUGCUGACAGACCAGAAGGUGUGCUGAAUGGCCGGAGUCACAGUGCGAUCCCUCCUCCCUCCCAUCCUUCAUUCCUCCUCUCCUGCUACCGUCGCUGUUGUCGUCGUAAAGCCUCAUCGCCUCACUGCCUUUCUUUCUUCCUUCUUCCGGAGUGGAUGGAGAUUUUACCCCACAAGGUCCUGUUUCUGUUGUAUUCGGUGUUAAAAGUGACUUAAAUGUGGACCGCACGGGCAAAAGCCCUCCUUCAGGACUGAACAAAAGCUGGAGGAAAGCAGCAUCUUCAUGAAAAGGAGAAACAAAGGGUGUCUGUGAGAAUGUUUAAAAGACUGCUGUAAAAUAACCGCUCACACCACGUUGCAUUGUUUCCCCUGAGUUUCUCUCUAAAGAACUCUCGAUCUCUCUCUUGUAUAUGAUAAUCUGAAGAUCACGUGUGGGUGUUAGGCAGGUAUAUAGGUUUAAAAACCAGGAACAGAAACUUUUGGAGUGCUUAUAGGAAACAAGCCGUUAUCGUUCAUGCACAUCCUGUGCAAAGAAGUGAAAUGCUCCAGUUGUGGUUUUGCUGUUUUUGUUUUUUUUCCCUUCUAUACUGUUUCUUACCAGAAGCCUGUGCAAUGUGUUUAAAAACAAACAAACUGUGGGGAUAAAAACAAAGAAUCCUAUUUAAAGAGUUUUCCUGUAACAUGUCACGAAGUGACCUGAGGUCAUUGCGGUAUUACAGUGGCAUUGAGCUGCAUGGUACCUAUCAUGGUGGAUGUUACUGGCUCUUUCACUCUCUUUGGCCCUGUAUGGUGAAAACAUGCCUGAUUACCCUGAGGAAUGGAAUUAGGGGGCUUGAGCUCUGACCAUUUACAGAAGCAAUUAAACAUGAGCCCUAUAUCUGUGCUUCUGGAGCUCCUGGGAGGCUGAACUUGGGGCAUAUCCUGUGGCUGACUGACUCGAUGGCUGGCUGGCUGCCUGCCUCUAAUAAAGCCUAAUCUGAAAGCAGGCUAAUUAAAGGGGAGUGGCCCCUUCUACAUCCAGGGCAUUUGAAGCAAUCUGAUGUAUUUACUGUUUACCAUGUUCCAAUUAAAGCUCCCACACAGCCUGG